AAGAAGUGGUUUAUUAAAAUCACAUUAUAAUCAGAUUUUGACCAAGCAUUUUGUAAGAUAUUCAUGGACAUGGAGCACACAGGACAUUACCUGCAUCUUGCCUUUCUGAUGACAACAGUUUUUUCUUUGUCUCCUGGAACAAAAGUAAAUUAUACCCAUCUGUGGGCUAAUACUACUACUGCCUGGGAUACAGUUAUUCUAAACAAGAUGGGCAGAAACCAAAAUGAAAACAUUAACACAAACUCUGUAACUCCUGAAGUUGAUUAUAAAGGUAAUUCUACAAACAUGCCUGAAAUAGCAACAUCAUCUCACUUCGUAUCUUUAAUUCCUAAAUCUGAACAAGAGCUUUAUACACCUUCUGUUGUCAGGAACAGGUCUUCAACAGUACAGAACAUUGAAAACAUAAGCAAAAGUCCUGGUGAAAUUUUCAAAAAGGAUAGCUGUGAGGAAAACAACAACAACAUGGCUAUGCUAAUUUGCUUAAUUAUAAUUGCAGUCCUUUUUCUUAUCUGUACCCUUCUAUUUCUAUCAACUGUGGUUCUGGCAAACAAAGUCUCAUCUCUCAGAAGAUCAAAACAAGUAGGCAAGCGUCAGCCUAGAAGCAAUGGCGAUUUUCUGGCAAGCAGUGGACUAUGGACUGCUGAAUCAGACACUUGGAAAAGAGCAAAACAGCUCACAGGGCCCAACCUAAUGAUGCAAUCCACUGGAGUGCUCACAGCUAUGAGGGAAAGAAAAGAUGAAGAAGAAACUGAAAAACUUACUAACAGAUGCUUUAGUGAAGAAAAAUGCAAAGUAGCAAUGAAAAAGGUUAUGGAGUAAAAAUGAAGUCAGUUAGGUAUUUAAAACCAAAGUGUUGGUAUGAUGAUCUAAAAUUUGACAGGGUAGGCCUUGCAAUUUAGAAUAAACCAGGCAAGAAGGGGAGAAGUAUCCCUGCUUACUUAAUUACUUUAACUGUAUACUUUUGUCUUGACACUGAAUGUUUUAAAAAGCAAAUGAUAAAACAACCAAGUGUUUGGGUAAGGUUUUAAAGAUAAGUUAAAGAAACUGACUAAUAGAGGUAGCAAGGGAUAAUUCAAUAAAUAUGCCAUGUUCAGUAAUAGUAGUUAGAUGAUCUUUGUCUGAAUGUAAUUAAACUUUGAAAAGUUUUAGUGUGUCCUUAGAACCAAGCAUAUGCUUCAACGUCUAAGAGGUGUCAAAUUCCUAAUGCAUAGAGUUGAACUGUAUAAUUUAAUGGUAACUUUUUUGCUGGAUGUGGCAGAAUACAUACCAGCUUAUAUACAACACAGCUAAUUUUAGACUAGAUGCUUUCAUCCUUACAUAUGACAUACAUAAGAAAGUGUUUUUCUACUAUAAGUAUUAAAUUAAAACUUUAAAUUUUGUAUAAAUUAAAACUCAUUAGAAUAAUACUGUGACUAUGUAUAUUUGCAUUCACUUUAUUAUCUUAGAGAACACAUUGCAAAAAUCAAUAAAAAAUAGAGCACAACUAAAAUAAAUGAGAUUUAUAGCCUUACCAGAAGGUCAGGUGUAAAUGUAAAGUAUGUUUUACUGUUUAAGAGUAAUAUUUAUCUUUUCUAUGAAACUGCUUAUUGGAGCAUUAAUAACAAAUACCCAAAGUUGAUUAAUUUUUGGACUUCAAGGUUGCCAGGUGGCCUAAUAAAUGGCCAUUUACUUUUUA